AGCGGAAAAAAUGGCGCCGACGUGAUCGAGAGCCCACGUCGCCGAGGAAGUCUCCCCUGCUGCAGCCGGAGUCAUCGAAGGCACGGGAACCAGAGGUCGAACUGAGUGGAGGAUGGAGGAACCGUCCAAGCCCAGUCCGGACAUGCUAGCCAGUGCAGAGUCCAGCUCCAGUGAGCCCGACAAGGAGGUGGUGUCUCCAGAUGUGGCAGCUACAGCCACUUUCUCUUCUGUGGGGGAGCCUGGCCCUAACCCAACAGCCAUACCACCAGUGUGGGACCGUGGAGGACCUCCGCAGCAGGUUGCUUCCCCAGCCGUAGACAGCUGCCAGCCUGGCUCAGCCAGCACAGGUGUGGGGACGAAUGAGGACCAGAGGUUGCCCAGACGACGUCCUCCACCAGGGAAACAGAUACCCUGCUCUAGCCCUGGCUGCUGCCUCAGUUUCCCCAGCAUUCGUGAUCUGGCACAGCAUCUCCGUACCCACUGCCCGCCCACACAGUCACUGGAAGGCAAACUCUUCCGAUGCUCAGCCCUGAGCUGCACUGAGAGUUUCCCCAGCAUGCAGGAGCUGGUAGCCCACGGCAAGCUGCAUUACAAGCCCAACCGCUACUUCAAGUGUGAGAAUUGUCUCCUGCGCUUCCGUACUCACCGAUCGCUCUUCAAGCAUCUGCAUGUUUGUGCAGAGCAUGCUCAGAGCCCAGCCCCGCCACCACCCCCUGCCCUGGACAAAGAGCCACCUGUGCCCGAGCGCCCCCCAGAAUCUGACCCUUCGUCUACUCUGAGCCUGCCAUUCCCACUACUUGAGCCUUUCACCUCUGCCCCCACUGGGCCGUUCCUUCCCUACUUGAACCCUGCGCCCUUUGGCCUGAGUCCCCCGCGACUGCGCCCAUUCCUGGCUGCUGCUCCAGGACCACCAGCCUCUAGCACUGCCAUCUGGAAAAAGAGUCAAGGUGCUGCUGGAAGUCCCAGAAGACCUCAGGGUGGCUCCGAUGCGCCCUCAGGGUACGUGGCCCCCAGCCGCAUCGUGUGGGAACACACGCGUGGCCGCUACUCGUGCAUGCAGUGCGACUUCUCCACGGCCUCACGGCCCGCCAUGACACUACACCUCCAGGACCACCGCCCCGGCGCCCCCACAGCCCUGGCGCCUGGGUCCCUUCGUGCGGAAACCCAGGCGAGUAAGGCUGAGGAAUGCUCAGGCAUGGAGCCAGAGGCAAGGGGUGAGGCUCAGCUGCCCCCUUCUCAACUCCACAAAAACCCAGCCUCAUUUGCUCCUGGGGUGUCACAACUGUCAGAGGGGGAGCGUCCCAUUUUCUCACAGCUUUGAACCAGCUGUGUUGGGCUGGGUGGAAGGGCCUGCAGAGAUUUUUGUAAUUUGAGGAGGGAGGGGACAAUAAAAGAGGCAAGAUGA